UUAUUAUUGGUAGUAGUAUUAUUAUUAGGGUAGUAAAAGUAUGCUGCUGCUGUUGUUGCUGAGCUUGUUUAAUCAGCAAUAUGCGUUGUCGUUCAACGCAGCUCAAAAUUGCAUGCUAUAGUUUUGACUUAUAAAUGGUGAUAAUGUUAAUACCUUUGUAUUCAGUGCCGAUCUGCGCAAUGCGUUCUUGCACGGAUACUAGCUCAUAGAGUAACGUCGCAGUUGCAGCCUGUAUUUCAAAAGAACACUUGGAAUGAUCAUCGUGUCAUAUGCAGCUGGCUGCACCGACAGUACACACUCAUAUCAAGGCCCUUUAACCGCGUGGACCAGCGUGCUUACCCACAGCACAUGCCGUUAGGUCUUUGCCCCGCCAUAAUCGAUUAUAAAUUACAGUAGGCUAUAUCAGAUUUAUAUAAUGCGGGCUGGUUUUUUUUUUGUCAUUGUUAGUUGCUUACUGAAGUGAACUGGGUUGCUUACUGCAUUGCUUACUGAUGUGAAAUGGUGGAAAAACUGUAUAAGGUACAUAAUACAUGGUCGUGUGCCUGUAAAAUAAUGUUCAAUUGUGACUUUAGCAGAAGUGUAUGUGAGACCGACCGCUAAUGUCUUUGUAGGCUGCUCUACACCGAACAAGUUUUGCGGCGAAUUUUGAAAAUGACGCAACGGAUGACUGUAGCCAAUCGGAGCUGAGAACAAGGAUCUAUAUUUACAUGAUCUUCCCUUUUUAGGAUAAAUCCCCGCCCUCGUCAAGUCCAUGCUGGUCCCCCCAGAGAGUACGAGAGGCUCCGAACCCGAGAGAAGGUGCGCUCCGCUGGGACGGAGGAGGCAUAAAGAGACGGGGAGGGAGGGAAUGAGAUUUCUUGCUACCCAAUCCCCCUUUUCCCCAGGGAGAGCCAGCCUUCCCUGGUCCAUCCCUCCCUCUUGUUUGGUAAUCAUUUCAUUUUACUCCUUUUUGAAGCAGUCGUCCGUUUUAUCCCACUUUUCAUUCCACAGUCCCGUGCGCGUAUGUUCGCCUUCUGAGCAAGUUCGGUAUCUAUCCUCCUUCUCCCCACGAAGAGAAGGUUUUCUUGAUCCCGGCUGAUCGUUUUCCUUUGAGAUGCUUUACAGCUCUAGCGCUUGUCUUCUCUCCACCCUCUUUUAACUAGAGACCGGUUAAUCUUGAGUGAACCGAACUUGGUUUGGAAUCUAAAAUAAAGAAGAACACCCCGAGGGAUACGGCGCACGUCUUUGGAUAAGGACCGCUAUCGCUUUCCCUUGUUGCACUUCGGGGAAGGUUUUUUUCCCCCCUUUCAGUUGGUUUUUGUUAAUCCGGGUGGCCUUGUUCCGAGAGUGCAGGAGGAUUAUUCCACGCGAUCUGGUGCUGAGAGACAUCCCCACAAGGCUAUUUUCAUGUUUUCCAUCCAGGACGGUCUCCCACGGGGAGCGUUGACCAUGAAAGAAGAGCCCCUCACGAGCGGCAUGACGCCGGUCCGCUCGUGGAUGCAGAGCGCGGGGAUACUAGAUGCCAACACAGCAGCGCAAAGCGGGGUGGGUUUGGCUCGAGCACACUACGAGAAGCAGCCUCCGUCCAACCUGCGCAAGUCCAACUUCUUCCACUUCGUGCUGGCUCUGUACGACCGACAGGGCCAGCCUGUGGAGAUCGAGAGGACCUCCUACGUGGACUUCGUGGAGAAGGACAAAGAAUACAACGGAGAAAAGACCAACAAUGGAAUCCACUACAGGUUACAGCUCCUCUACAGUAACGGAAUCCGGACAGAGCAGGACCUGUAUGUCCGUUUGAUAGACUCCAUGACCAAACAGCCAAUCAUUUACGAGGGACAGGACAAAAACCCAGAGAUGUGCCGUGUUCUCCUCACCCACGAGAUAAUGUGCAGUCGGUGUUGUGACAAAAAGAGUUGCGGGAACCGAAAUGAGACGCCUUCGGAUCCGGUCAUCAUCGACAGAUUCUUCUUGAAGUUCUUCCUCAAGUGCAACCAGAACUGUCUGAAGAACGCGGGGAACCCCAGGGACAUGAGGCGCUUUCAGGUGGUGAUCUCCACCACGGUGAAUGUGGACGGUCACGUCCUAGCCGUGUCGGACAACAUGUUCGUCCACAACAACUCCAAACAUGGCAGACGGGCACGCCGCCUGGAUCCCUCCGAAGCAGCCACUCCCUGCAUUAAGGCCAUAAGUCCAAGUGAAGGCUGGACAACAGGAGGCGCCACUGUCAUCAUCAUUGGAGACAACUUCUUCGAUGGGCUACAGGUUGUCUUUGGCACCAUGCUCGUCUGGAGCGAGCUCAUCACACCCCACGCCAUCCGCGUACAGACACCCCCGCGACACAUCCCCGGGGUCGUGGAGGUCACCCUUUCCUACAAGUCCAAACAGUUCUGCAAGGGAGCCCCGGGACGCUUCGUCUACACAGCUCUGAACGAACCCACCAUCGACUACGGCUUUCAGAGGCUACAGAAGGUCAUUCCCCGUCACCCCGGCGACCCUGAGCGGUUACCCAAGGAGGUUCUGUUGAAGAGGGCGGCAGACCUAGUUGAAGCUCUUUAUGGAAUGCCUCAUAAUAAUCAGGAGAUCAUUCUGAAGAGGGCGGCUGACCUGACAGAGGCCCUGUACAACGUUCCCCGCAGUCAUAACCAGCUGCCCUCGCUCACUGGCUCAGGCGCCCACUCCGCCAUGAUGGGCGUCAACUCCUUCAGCAGUCAGCUCGCCGUCAACAUCUCAGAAGCCUCGCAGGGCGACCAGGGUUACUCCCGUAACUCCAACAGCGUCUCGCCCCGCGGCUACGUGCCCAGCUCCACACCCCAGCAGUCCAACUACAACACCAUCACCUCCACCAUGAACGGGUACGGCGCUGCGAGCAUGACCAACCUCGGUGUACCCGGCUCUCCAAGUUUCCUCAAUGGCACCACUGCCAACUCCCCCUAUGCCAUCAAACAGAAGAGCGCCUUCGCCCCCGUCGUCCGGCCACAGACCUCCCCGCCCCCCACCUGCACCAGCACCAAUGGGAGCAGCCUACAGGCCAUGGCUGGUCUCAUCGUGCCGCCCAUGUGAAGUGAGCAAGCAAGAGCUCGUGCUCCCGGAGCUUCACUGAGCCCGAGACGAACUCGCCAGCUCCAGAAUUCUGCCUGACAGCCACUUAGCAAGCACCAUCCUCAUCGUCACUGUCCUAUGGAAGAGCUCCCCCCCCACAAGAGAAUCUUUCAGACCUGGAUCAACUGGACAAAGUACAAAAAAAAAAGGAAUAUAAGAGAAAAAAACACUAGGCCCCAUGCCCUGAAAUGUCCGUAGGCCAUGUUUAUGUUGGUUCCAGACCAUUUUAGUUGUCGUUCUCCUGAGCGUUCCGGAAGGAAGCGCUCGGCAGCCGUUCAUGGAGGCGGCUAGAAUCUCUCGCGACGUGGCGUUCUGAGAUGAUCCCGGCGAGCUCUCCGAACAGAGGUGCGGUACUGUGCAGCGGCUCCUGGCUGCAUCCCUCUGCUUGGCUUUGGAGGGGUUUUUGUUUGUGUGUUUGUUUGUUUGUUUGUUUGUUUGUUUGUUUACUUGCAUGGAGUUGUCUUUGGAUGGGCUCCUGUUUCCUCUUUUGGUUUCAGUUCCUUCAAGUUUGCUCAUUUCCACUGGACAAAAAAGCGUUUAAUGAUGGAGUAAGCCAAGCAGAGGUGGGAACAACGUUAUGCAUCAGACGUGGAUCAAAGUGCGAUUGUUUUAACGUUAUAGCAUUAUUCAAUAAAACGUAAUAUUUUCAAGGGUUUAUUUUCACAAAGGCAAAAUGGGUACUAAUUUACAAUAAGUCUCCCCUUGUUAAGGGUUUAUGAAUAGUUUAAAAUAGUUUUAAAGUUUAUUAAUGGAUAUUUAUGUCAUAGACACAAAAAUGUUUUUUUAGCGGUUAUAACAUGUAAAUAAAAAGGUGACUGUUGCCACUUAGUUAUGCGUUAUAGCUGUUAAAGAUUUUUUAUUAAUGAUUUUUGAUUACUGAUAUUUAGGUGUUUAUGCUAAUUUUAUGCAAAUUUUAAACCACUUAUAAGCCAUUCACAGGCUGUGUCUUACUGUAAAGUAGUACCAAAAAUUGCAUUAAUUUUUAUCAUUAAAUCUGAAUAAGUAGAGACUGGAUUUCUAACUAGCAGAAAAUGCACAAUUACAAACUGUCCACAACAGAAAGGAAAAAAUGUCGUCAGGCUAAUGUGCAGAUUUAAAGGAUCAACAUAAUUUAGGGUGUCAAUCAGUUUUAAGCUUGUACUGUUUCCGUAGGUACAGUAUAGUUACAGGUUUGUGGAUUGGUAGAAUUAAACCAGGAAUGCUUUCUGCAGUUUUAAUCACAUUUAGGUACCAGACUUAUUGUUGAACAACUUCUUGUGAUUUUUUUUUUUUUUUUUGUAUGUAUUUAUAAAAGUAUGUUUUGGGAUUUCUUUUGUGAUUUAGGCCUGAAUAAUAAUAUCAAAUAUCUAUGGAAACACAUUUGAUGUCUUAAUACCUUUUAGAUAUUGUAAAAAGAGUGAAAAGUGAAAUAACACUUUUUUGUAAAAACAAAAACAAGAAAGUCUGGACAUGCCAUGUCCCCUGUUUUUUAAAAACAGGACGUAACGCUCCACCACUUUUGUAAAGAAAAAAAAAAAGGCUUUUUCAAUUGUAUAUUUAACGUCUUCUUUUUGUAAACAGCAUUUGUGUUUUUCUUGUUCUUCCUCUUGUCCUGUGAGUUCUUGUGAAAUGUGUAUGAUCAUAGCUAUUUCUUACUGCACUGUUUUCAUUGGGCCACUUACAAGAGCAAUGUAUCUUAGCAACCAUAAAAAAAAGAAAAAAAACAGAAAAAAAGAACUUCUACAAAUAUGCACCAGUAUGUUCUCAGACAUUGUUUUGGAUUGAAUUAUUCUUUGCUCCGGUCAUAGCUGAAAUGACUAAUUGUUCAUCAUGUGAUUUUGUUGAUAUUUCUGAAAUCUUUCCAUGAUAAUUCUCCAUCCUUGAAUGGUUACUUCAGACUAAACGGUAUGCUGUCUCAGCCGGGUCUGGUUUGAUGCAGAUGAAAAUACUGUGUUACAAUUUCCUGUAUGGAUAAUACCAUGAAAAGACCAAACUGGUCCAAAAAACCUUUAACUGGCGCCCCACACAUGAACUCAGUCACUAGACGGAACCAUUCAUUGAUGUUACUGUUGUUGGUGGUAUUGUUAUCGUUGUUACACACAGCCUGUAUCAUUUACUUAUGCAAAAUGUAUUUACUGUAAUGCAAGCAGCUUGCUAUCCACAUUAUGGUGGAUUAGUUGUGUAACUAAAUAAAAGAACAACAUAUAA